UCUCAUGUAGGUUGUUCGGCUCCAGUGUUACUUUUAUUCCGUGGCUUUGUAGGAGGUUCAGCUGAGCCAUUGCUUUAACACUUCUUUCAUCUUCACAGAGUGUUGUGCACGAUCCUUGCGGGUUCUGUGUUUUGUCUGCAGAUAGGAUAACAUUGAGGGCAAACCUUCCCCUGAGCUCUCUGGCUCUUCCUAGUCUCUGAGUGCUGCCUGGAGAGGGGGAAAUCUCUCGUAUACAUCCCCUGGAGAGAGCUGCUCCCUGCGCUGCUUCCCUCAUCCUUCCCAAAUGUGAGCGCGUCGCAUCCAGCACGGAGAAGGGCCUCCUCUUGUCUUAAAGGCACUUGCUUCUGCCUCCUGUUCUUUUGUCCAAAAAAGAAACAGCCAAACCAAAUCAGUCCACAAAGAACUUGUGCUGAUCUAAGGAGGAGGCUCUGGAGUCUCAGUCACCUCUUUGUUUCCCAAGAUACUGGCUGUGGGCUGGAUUUUCUGUCCUUGACUUCAGGGGAUUAGCUACAAGGAAUUAGGAUCUUGGAUACUUUGGAUUUUUGUUUUUACUUGAACCCUUUCAACUGAGAAGCUGAAGCUGUCACUGCUAAAAUCCCGGGUUUUUUUCCCAAGCAUGUCAGAAAGCUGGCAGCAGCAACAGCAGCAACCACAGCAGCCGCCGCCACCACCACAGCAGCACCACGCUGGGGCAGCCACCCUCCCAGAGCACUCCAUCCCACCCAGCACUGCUGACAACCCCUUAGGCUGUGCUGUCUACGGCAUUCUGCUCCAGCCAGACCCUGGCCUGCAGCACCACCAGCACGCCCCCAUCCAGGCUGGGGAGCCAUCCCACAAAUGUGGGGUGUGUGGCCACGACCUUGCGCACCUCUCCAACCCCCAUGAGCACCAGUGCUUGCCAGGCCAUGACCGCUCUUUCCAGUGUACCCAGUGCCUGAAGAUCUUCCACCAGGCCACUGACCUCCUCGAGCACCAGUGCAUCCAGGUGGAGCAGAAGCCCUUUGUGUGCGGUGUCUGCAAGAUGGGCUUCUCCCUCCUGACCUCGCUGGCACAGCACCACAAUGUCCACAAUGGCAACGCCAUGAAGUGCUCUAUCUGUGAGAAGACCUACAAGUCUCCCGAGGCAGAGCAUUCCCAGCCUCUUGACCCCUCAGAGAAGCCCUACAGCUGCUCCAUCUGUCAGAAAACCUUCAAGCAUCUCUCAGAGCUGUCCCGGCACGAGCGCAUCCACACGGGUGAGAAGCCAUACAAGUGCACGCUGUGCGACAAGAGCUUCAGCCAGUCGUCCCACCUGGUGCACCACAAACGGACGCACAGCUCGGAGCGGCCCUACAAGUGCACGGUGUGUGAGAAGACCUUCAAGCACCGAUCCCACCUGGUGCGCCACAUGUACGCGCACUCGGGAGAGCACCUCUUCAAGUGCAACGUCUGCGAGCUGCACUUCAAGGAGUCGUCGGAGCUGCUGCAGCACCCCUGCACGCCCAGUGGGGAGCGGCCCUUCCGCUGCGGCGAGUGCCAGAAAGCCUUCAAACGCCCCUCGGACCUGCGGCAGCACGAGCGCACGCACAGUGAGGAGCGGCCCUUCAAGUGUGACCUCUGCCAGAUGAGUUUCAAGCAGCAGUACGCACUCAUGCGCCAUCGCCGCACACACAAGGCUGAGGAGCCCUUCAAGUGCAACCUGUGCGAGAAGGGCUUUGUGCAGCCCUCGCACCUGGUGUACCACCAGCACGUGCACGGCAUAGAAAACCUCUUCAAGUGCAACGUGUGCCAGAAAGGCUUCAACCAGUCCUCAGAGCUGUUGCGGCACAAGUGCGUGCAGAAUGCGGAGCGGCCCUUCAAGUGCGCAGUGUGCAACAAGUCCUACAAGCGGGCCUCGGCUCUGCAGAAGCACCAGCUGGCCCACUGCGCCGAGAAGCCGCUCAAGUGCACACUCUGCGAGAGACGUUUUUUCUCCUCCUCUGAGUUCGUGCAGCACCGUUGCGACCCGGCCCGCGAGAAGCCCCUCAAGUGCCCCGACUGUGAAAAGCGGUUCAAGUACGCCUCGGACCUGCAGCGCCACCGGCGCGUGCACACGGGCGAGAAGCCCUACAAGUGCCCCUCCUGCGAGAAGGCCUUCAAGCAGCGUGAGCACCUCAACAAGCACCACAGCGUGCACGCCCGGGAGCAGCAGUACAAGUGCAUGUGGUGCGGGGAGCGGUUCCUGGACUUGGGCCUGCUGCAGGAGCACAGUGUCCAGCACACGGCCGAGGGCGCCUACCAAGUGGCUGCCUGCUUGCCGUGAGACCCCCCCGCCCCGCAGUGGCUUUCAGCUUGCAUGUGAUGCUCCUGAGCCUCGGCCUCCCCUUCCUUCUCCUCGGUUGUAGACAGCCUCCAGUGUGUUUGGGGGAAAGGGGAGGAAUGGUGGGUGGGCAGGUAAACUUUCCUCUGUCCUCGGUGGUUGAUAGGCCACAUGUACCGCAGGGGUGACAGACAACAGGAAAAGUUCAAAGGGGUGGAGAGGGAAGGAGGGAGGUGGGGAGAGGAAACGAUGCCUGUAGUUGCCUGGUGUCCCCUGAACUGUAGUUCAUGCUGUACCUGCAGUUCCAGUGCUGGGAGCUCAGCUGCCCGCUGAGGGCACCAGCCCUUCGUGUGCAGCCUUCUUCCCCUGCCCUAGCUGGGUUGGCAGGGAGGGCUGUGGGUAACUCUCCUCCUGGAGAGGGCUUGGGAGCAAGGCAGAGCCAGCCCUCCCUUCUCCCAAGGUGUGCUGCUUGGCAAGGAAGUAGCAGGUUUCCACUGCUGGGCUCUCCCAACUUUCUUGGUCCAAGCUCAGUUGAGAGGACCAUUGCAGAUUGCUAGCAUUGAUUGACUGCCCUGAUCUCCCUUGUUCUCCCUCUUUCUAGAGUGUAGAAAGGGAAAAGCCAUGGGGCUACACAGCUCCAAAAAGCACUUUGGCAUUGCUGCUUUUGCAGUCACUGGCUGUCACACUCCACAGGGGUUCUGAGUGAGCCUGCCCGCCCCCAUCCCUGCCAGCAGCAUGGGGAAGAGUAGGAAGCACCAUGCCGCUACUGGAGAGCAUGACGAGAAGAGCCUCCAUGCCCUGCUCUUGGAUGAGAUCAUGGCAUUUAAGAGCUGCUUCCUGAGGGACCUAGCUCUUCUGCCAAGACUUGCCUCCAGGCCCCUUCCCUCUUUGCACCGCUUGGGCUGUUAGUUACCUCUGGGGAUCAAGGAAAGGGCCAUCCCAGCAGUUCAAACACUAAAGGGUGAGACGAACACUACUGAUAACCUACAACUUCGGAGGCAUUACCAUCACCAACAGUAACCCACACCAUGUGCCAGGGGCUUGGUGACUGAUUUGCUGGAGGGGACCCAGAGCAAGCCAGGAGAAUCCUUCCUGGCCCGUGGGCUCGGCUCCACGGGGAGGGGAAGGUUAGUAGUGGGUAAAGGAGGAGUUUAUUUUUUUCACCCCUCUUGCAGGAGUCCUGUUUUACUCUUUUAUUCUUUCUUUACCUCUUCUGUAUUUUUCAGGUUUUGCACAGUUGUUGUAAACAUCACUUAAAAAUAAAUUUCCCCUAGCAAGGUUGAUGCAGCCUCAGGUGUUUUCCUCUGCAGGAUUUUGCUGGCUUCUCAUGGUCAAGAGACCCGUUACCAGUUAGAUGCCUUGGAGGUUGAAGGCAUGCUUACUAGGUUGCCCACCAGCCUUAUCUUUUCCAUCUUUGGAGAGAGUAAAAUAUCCAUCUGUGGAGAUCCUCAAGCCCUGACUGGAUGUGGUCCUGGACAACCUGUUGUAGCUGACCCUGUGUGAGCACAGGGUUGGACUAGAUGAUCUCCAGAGGUCCCUGCCUGCCUCAGCUCUUCUGUGAUCUUGGCUGGCCCUUGUGUGAGGUAGGAGUGUUGUCGUGACCUGUAAUUAGUGAACAGCAGCCAGUAAGUUGCCCAUGUGCUGCACAGGUGAUGAGGACAAGUUUAAUACCUGUUGUCCAUGGCAAGUACAGAUAGAUUAACCUUGCAGAGAGUUGGGCUGUACCUGCUUUGCUGGUAGGGGACACUCAUCUGAAAGAUGAAGAAAGGCUUUUGUUUCCAUUUCCAGCUCAGUGAGGGGAAAUGAGGUUUGGUUUUGGGGCUGGGACACUUCUGUGACAGGUGUGACCCUGGGGCUGAGUCUUCAUGCACAGCUUUAAAGGAGGUUAAAGCAGACCUUGAUCUCUGCUGCCCAGGGAAGAAGGACCGAUGGUUAUCUUGCUUCAUGCUGACUCAAAGAUGUAGAACUUCCUACCAAGUUUUCUGUCUGUCUAUUUUUCCUUUUUUUUUUUUUAAGCAGUUUGUUAAUAUUCAUUAAAAAAUACUGUAUAGUUUAACUCGAUGUCAUACUGGAUCUUUUUUAAAAAAAAAUGUGAUAACUUGGAUUAUUAAAGAGCGCUUUGUUUCUAGGUAGCUGAUUUUUGCUGUUUAAUGUAUAGUAAGUUCAGUGUACGCUUUACUGUAGGAGUAAAAGUGAGGAGUAAAACCAAGGAA